AUGUUUGGUUUGGAUCUUGAUUCUGAGUAUGAUCAUAUUGUUACCACCUUGAUUCAUUAUUAUCCGUUUUUGCUUAACUUUGAUGAUUUGCGUCCUAAGUCGCUGCUUCAUGAACAACGUCUCAAAAGCUCCAAGGAUGGGUCUGAUUCACCCUCUCAUCAUGCCUUGGUAGCUGUUCAGUUCUCUGGUUCUGGUUUUUCCAAUAAAAAUACUUCUGGGAGUAGAAAUAAAGGCAAGAAUAAUAAGAAUAAAGGUUGUAAUAAUGAUCGCAAUUCCAACAACCGCGACAAUGGUGGUCAAUCUAAUGCUCGUGGCUCCGGUAACAAUAAUACUAAUGCUAGUCUUGGACGUCAAAAUGGUAUGAGUACAUAUUCUAAAUUUUCAUUAGCUAGUAUUCCUUGCAUUGAUUCUAUUACUAAUGAUCCAUCCUCAGCACGGUAUAAUCCGUCAAGCGGCAAUUUAAGCUCUACCCCUACUUUCGAUACUUGUGGUCUUUGUUGGUUUCCAGGUCAUCAAGUGGCUUAUUGCCCUCAACGAUUUAAUUCCAUCUUCGUUUCUUCUGCCCCAUAUAGUGUCACUCAAGCUUGUACUGCAUUGUUUGUUGGUGGUGAAGCAAAUGACUCGGUUUGGUACCCAGACUCUGGAGUUGCAUCCCACAUGACUACUCAAGAUGGUAAACUUUCUGUUAUUCUUUCUUACGCUGGGUCAAGUUCUGUUGUAGUUUGA